CGGAUGCCAGCGGAGCCGCCGCUGCUGCUCUCUCCCUCCGUCCCUUCCCUCCCCUCCCAUGGAGCAGCUCCGAUCCAUGUUCAUCAGGUCUCCCUCCUCCUCCUCUGCCGCAGCGAAGGAAGAGGCUGAGGAGAGAGACAGGGCGGUGCAGCAGCAGCAGGAGGAGGAUGAGGAGGAGCAGCAGCAGCAGCAGCAGCAACAACCACCACCCCCCGCUAACCUGUUCUGGACGGCCGUCUUCGACUAUGAGGCGAGCGCCGAGGACGAGCUCAGCUUGCGCAAAGGGGACGUGGUGGAGGUGCUCUCCAAGGAUUUCAAAGUCUCUGGAGAUGAAGGCUGGUGGACGGGCAAAAUCAAUGACCAGGUUGGCAUAUUUCCCAGCAACUAUGUCACCAGUGCCCCAUGUUACAGUAAGUUGCAAGGUCGGAGCACAGAGGACUACCCUCUCCCACUGGAAAUGGACUUUAAUGAGCUGCAGCUGGAAGAGAUUAUUGGUGUCGGUGGCUUUGGCAAAGUCUACAGGGGUAUCUGGAGGUUGGAGGAGGUAGCUGUAAAAGCAGCUCGGCAGGACCCAGAUGAGGAUAUCAGUCAGACCAUUGAGAAUGUGAAGCAAGAAGCAAAACUAUUUGCUAUGCUGAAGCACCCUAACAUCAUAGCCUUGAAAGGGAUUUGUCUGAAGGAGCCCAAUCUCUGCUUGAUCAUGGAGUUUGCCCGUGGGGGGUCCUUAAAUAGAGUGUUGUCGGGCAAGAAGAUCCCCCCUCAUAUACUUGUCAACUGGGCAGUGCAAAUUGCAAGGGGCAUGAAUUACUUGCACGAAGAAGCAAUUGUUCCUAUUAUCCAUCGGGACCUCAAGUCUAGCAAUAUCUUAAUACACGAGAAGGUGGAGAACGAGACCCUAAGUAACAAGACCCUGAAAAUCACGGACUUCGGCCUGGCGCGGGAGUGGCACAAGACAACCAAAAUGAGUGCUGCGGGGACCUAUGCCUGGAUGGCACCAGAAGUCAUCCGAUCCUCCGUGUUUUCCAAAAGCAGCGACGUCUGGAGCUACGGUGUGUUGUUAUGGGAAUUGCUCACUGGGGAGGUUCCGUUCAGGGGGAUUGAUGGAUUGGCUGUAGCCUAUGGGGUGGCUAUGAACAAACUGGCCCUUCCCAUUCCUUCCACAUGUCCAGAGCUUUUCAGCAAACUUAUGGAAGACUGCUGGAACACAGAUCCGCACUCUCGCCCCUCAUUCAGCUGCAUUUUGGAUCAGCUCACAGCCAUCGAGGAAUCUGGCUUCUUUGAAAUGCCGCAGGAUUCAUUCCACUCCUUGCAGGAAGAAUGGAAACAGGAGAUCCAGGAAAUGUUUGAGCAACUCCGGGAAAAGGAGAAGGAAUUGCGGACCUGGGAGGAAGAGCUGUCCCGUGCCGCUCUGCAGCAGAAAAACCAAGAGGAGCUGCUGCGGCGCCGGGAGCAAGAGCUGGCCGAGCGAGAGAUCGACAUUCUAGAGCGGGAGCUCAACAUCAUCUUCCACCAGCUGCACCAGGAGAAGCCCAAGGUGAAGAAACGCAAAGGCAACUUCAAGAAGAGCCGGCUCAAGCUCAAGGACGGCAACCGGAUCAGUCUCCCCUCUGAUUUCCAGCAUAAGAUCACCGUGCAGGCCUCUCCCACUCUGGACAAGAGGAAGAGUCUGAUCAGCAGCAGUUCAAGUCCUCCAGCGAGCCCCACCAUCAUCCCACGACUCAGGGCGAUCCAGCUAACACCAGGUGAAAGCAAUAAGACCUGGGGCCGCAGUUCAGUGUUUCAGCGAGAAGAAUGUGACGAGGAAGAGAAAAAGGGGCAUAAAAAGAAAGGCUGGACGUGGGGCCCCAGUUCUUUACAACAAAAGGAACUUGCUGGUGGGGAAGAUAGCCUUAAACAGCUGGCAGAUGGAAACAAGCAGUGGUCAUCCAGUGCCCCCAAUCUGGGGAAAAACCAUCGAACUGCUCCUACUGUCCCGGGGUUUACCAGCCUUGUUGAAAUAGAGUAUGAAGAUGGUGAUAGUAUUAAGGAUUUUGAUACAACACUGCAACAAUCUGCUUUACCCAACCAAGCCUACCUCGCUUUACCUUGCAAUCGAAAUGAUGAAGGGGAGGGUGCUGUUAGUGACAAUAAUGAGGACCCAACUCCGGUAAACUCUGCCACCAGCACCCCUCAGCAUACUCCCACCAACAGCAUGAAACGUAGCUCACAAAGGAAGAAAUGUGACCUUGUCUUCCUGGGUUGUGGGGCCAUCCUAGCUGCAGUGGCUUUGGGAUUUGAUUUGCUUGAAUUGGGGAAAUGUCAGAUUUUGCAAGAAGAAGUUGAACCAAAGGAAGAGAAGAAAAAGAAGGAGGGCAUUUUUCAGCGCAGCAGCCGAUUGCGGAGGAGCACCAGCCCUCCUUCUCAAAAGCUCUUCAAGAACGAAGAAUUGGUCAUUCCCUCCUUUGAUCCGUCUUCCUCGUUGACGCUGCUCUCAUUGUCUUCCAUUUCUGAAUGCAACUCCACUAGGUCUUUGUUACGCUCAGAUAGUGACGAGAUGGUGGUUUAUGAAAUGCCCACAACCCCAAAUUUAAUGAAUGAGAGCUCCAAGUUUAUUACUAAUCAUCCGUUAGUAGACAUAACCAUUGAGCGCUUCAAACGUGACCCUAAACAAUCAUUGACCCCAACUCAUGUGACAACAACCACCACCACAGUGCACUGGGGUCACAGACGGACUCCUUCUGAUGGUGCCAUUAAGCAAAUUCCUCAGACUCCGAACUAUACAUCAUCCAAUGGUACCUCAGGUUCCAUUGUUACAGGUAUAGGUAAAACACCAAGCCCUAACAGGGACCCAACAGAAGUUCCUCGCUUGCCAGAUCCCAAUCUGGUCUUUCCUCCCACUCCAAGACGAAGGAACAUAAAGCAAGACUGCACGUUGGAAAGACCCAAAACGCUGGAAUUUGUACCAAGGCCACGUCCAUCUGCAAAUCGCCAGCGGCUAGACCCGUGGUGGUUUGUCUCACCCAGCAAAACGCGCAGUAACUCUCCUGUCAAUAGUUCCAGCACUGAAACCCCAUCCAAUCUGGACUCUUGUCUCAGCAGCAGUGGCACUGUGGAGGAAAGGCCAGGGCUCCCUCCCUUUAUACCUUUCAGGCAAGGACUUAACAGCUAUGAGCGGACACUGUUAGAUACAGAUGUGGAAGGUCAGAGUCAGGAUGGGACGCUUCCACUCUGCGGAGCAGAAAUGAAUCCACGCAAAACUACAGCCUAUGAGCUAGAGCACAAUUUCUGGUUGUAGCAGCAUGCGGUACAACGCACGAAUCUACAAAAGAAAUUUGCACUGGGAAUGCACUUUUACCUAAAGACUGGCUUGAACUGAAUGCCACUUAUUAUCAUCCUAGAGAAUUGCCGAACUUCAAACUUGGAUCCGAGAUCCAUAAAUUUAUCCUGACAACAAAAAUAAGCAGCUCGAUGCUAUUCAGUGGGGUUCCAUUCAUCUUAUUCCCAAAUCCCAUUAUCUACUGUACGCAUCAGAGAUCUUUUUAUGUAUUCCCAUCCCCAUUGACUUUUUGGCUUAGAAUCAUGUCACUAUGAGUCGAGGCUAAGUUCAAGUUGCAUCCGUUAGUAGAAAAACAUUGUCUGUAUUCUCCUGUGUUGUAACCUAUUUAAACAACUUUCGAAGCAAGCACGUUAGCAGAUGCUAAAAGCAUGACGGAUUCAGAUUUAUGCACUUCCCAAUAAACUAUAAAUAGUCUCAGAUGAAGACAUGUUAAACCAUGCCUGCAUUCAAAAAAUCUCAUUAUUUCUUUUCCCCUCUGCAAGUCCAUUGCUUCCCCCAGAAAGAUGACCAAAGCAGCAAAGGUGAGGAAGGGGAGAAAAAAUUUGUUCUCCCCGCAUGUUAAGGUUGAAGCUCCUGUUUAAAAGUGGAAAAGCUCUGUGGUCUUGAAGUGGAGACCACUAACUGUGAGGCAGGCGUACAGUUCAAAGCUUCUUAUCACAUACACAGAUCCCAGCAGAGUGGUGAAC